UUAAUGAUUUCAUAUUGUAUAUAGCAUUGAUUGAUGAUGAUGCAGCGAUGGAAGAGUGCAGGCAAUAAAGUCAUUUCACCUCGUAUCCUUCCCAUUUUAUCAAAACCUACCUUUACUUCUAAAUAUAGGAUUAACUUGUGUUCUUUCUCCCUUCGGAAGCCCCUCUCUGCCACGUUUAUCUCCCAUUUGGUUUCUUCCCAAAAUUGAGGGUAUUCUAGUAAAACUUUAACUCAAUCCCAGACCUCCAUUUAUGCCUCUGUUCACUUCUCAUUGGCUGCACCUCCUCACAAGCUAAAUCCAUUGCUAUUUUUAUAAUCCUUUCUCUUGAACCUUCGUUCACACCCUUCUCCACCACCACCACCACUGUCACCACUACACGCAAGCCUAACAAAACAAAUUAAAACACUUCACCUCCAAGGUGUUCCAGUGCACAGAAAAAAAAAGAAAAGAAGCAGGAAUUGGGUGGAAGUAGAGGAUUGGAAGAAGUUGGUGUGAUCUGGGUAAUAAAAAGAGAAAAACUUUGGUUCAAGUUUUGAAAUUUGAAUUUGAGCGCGUGUGAAUUAGAAGUGAAGAGGGUUAAUGGAGUCAGAUCUUCAGCAGCACCCUCCAAUGUUUCUGGAUCACCAGCAACAGAUGAAUUCAGGGUUGACACGGUACCGAUCAGCUCCAAGUUCGUAUUUUUCGAGCAUCAUUGACCGUGAGUUCUAUGAGCACGUCUUCAAUCGCCCCUCUAGUCCUGAAACGGAGCGAAUGUUGACACGGUUUGUGAAUAGUCUUGGUGGGGGUGAUGUUGAUGCUGAUGCUGAUGCUGAGGAUUCAGUUUCACUCACUCAGAAUCUCCCACCUGUUCAGCAACAGCAAGUUUCUGUGGUUAAAGAAGAGGUUAACCAGCAAUCUCAGGCCUUGACAUCAAUAAAUAAUGAACCUGUGGUUCUUCACCAACUACACCAAAGUAAUAUCAAUAGUUAUGGUUCUUCUGCGCCUCGGAAUUUUUACCAAAACACUGGACGACCACCUUUGCCAAAUCAGAUGAAGACUGGUUGUGGAACUAGUUCCAAUCUUAUCAGGCAUGGUAGCUCACCUGCUGGACUGUUUUCAAACAUUAACAUUGAAAGUGGCUAUGCUGCUGUAAGAGGCAUGGGAACUAUGGGAGCUGUUAAUAACACUAGUGAGGAAGUAAACUUUUCAACUCCAACGAGGUUGAAGAAUGCAUCAAAUUACUCUUCAGGACUAAUGUCAUCAAGGGCUGAAAUUGUGAACAAGAGCAAUACACAGAAUAAUCCAGAAAAUGAAGGGUAUGCUGAAAGCCAGGGUAAUGAUUUUAUCUCAGGUUUCCCUGUGGGUCCAUGGGAUGAGUCCACAAUCAUAUCUGACAACAUGACUGGUCUAAAAAGAUAUAGAGAAGAUGAUGUAAAACCAUUUUCUGGUUUAAAUGCAGCUGAAAAUCAGAAUGAAACUGGAGGCCAGCCUCCUGCUGCUCCUUUGGCUCAUCACUUGAGUUUGCCAAAUACUACAGCAGAAAUGGCAGCCAUUGAGAAGUUUCUUCAACUCUCAGAUUCUGUUCCUUGCAAAAUUCGCGCCAAGAGGGGAUGUGCCACUCACCCAAGAAGCAUUGCAGAAAGGGUUAGAAGAACUAAAAUUAGUGAGCGAAUGAGGAAACUACAAGAUCUCGUCCCAAACAUGGAUAAGCAAACAAACACUGCAGACAUGUUGGACUUGGCUGUUGAGUACAUUAAAGACCUUCAAAAGCAAGUUCAGACUCUUUCAGACAAUCGCACUAAGUGUACGUGUUCACACAAGCAGCAGCAAUAACGGAAAAGAGGAAGGAUAAUCGCGCAUUCUAUGUACAGACGAAUAAUAAUUUGAUCUAGAAACUAGAGCAGCUUUCCGAUAUUUAUGUAGCCACUGUUUGGGAGUGGUGGGAAAAUCAGCUUAUAAAAGUUGACUAUAAACCAUAAUUUGAUGCCCACAUAUUCAAAGCAUGGUUGUACAAAUUUUUCUAAUGCAAGUCUAUGCCUUUACUCUAAGAUCCCCAUUUCAGGGGAUGGAUGAUGGGUGGGUGGAAAUUGUAUUUUUGCAUCUUCAUGGACUGUUGGUUCAUCAAUAACGUCAAAAAAGGAUGUUAUGUAUGGGUUUGGUUUCACAUUGAAUGACAUGGGAAACAUGGGGGGGACCGAAGCCGACAUGGUUUUGUUGGCUAUGUAUACUUAUAUAGUAGUGUGUCUUGUACCUUUUUUAUUUUUAUUUUUAUGUUUUUGCAUGCCCUUUUUUUCCAUGAAUCUUAAAAUAGUGUUUAAUAAAGCCAAUUCGGUGGUGGUUAUUUACGCUUUGGGAUUCAUUAUCUCAAGCCGUACCCAUGUAUGAAUGGUGACUUUGCUUUGUUUUCUUUUAGGAUGCUAGCUAGAUAUCACCAAUUUGGAUUCGGCUAUUUGGGUUUUGCAAUUCAAUGUGAUAAGAGGAUUCUCUGUCUUCUUAAUCUCUAAAAGACUAAGACUAAUGUGUUCUUUCAUCUUAUUUGUCUUUAAUCAGCUACCUCCAUUGCCAUUACAAUAAUGAACAUUUUGAAGAAAACAAUAAGGUUCCCUAUACGUGGCCAUAAAAGGUAAAUGGGUUUAGGCCUUUGGAUUGAUAUGCUUUUGAGAGAGAAUGGGCACAUGGAUAUGACACAGCGCGCAGGUGGCAAUGGAUGAGUCACUAUCUCUAGUGGGCCAAUUGUGGGUCCAAAUCCAUUUUAGUGAAGACCAUGUCACAAAUGAUGUCACAAAGCAAAAUGUUGCCCUAAUCGUUGAGUAAAUGUGUGCAUUGUUUUGGAAGAUACACGUAGCACCUGUAGUUGGUUGUCAACAAUGAACAGGACAAAGAGUAUUCACAUUAUUCACUACACCCAACUAUCAAUUACUGCACUAUAAAUUUGGGUGCUCAAGAUUGGCUUCUCCUGAAAAGAAUCAGGCUGCCUUUGGUAUUAAAUUUUUUUAUUUUUUUUUCAAUUUAAGAUUGGGUUUCGUUUUAGGAUUAUAUAACUUGCUCCGAUUUGAUGUCAUGUAAUAUCUUAAAAAGGAAUUUCCAUGAAAAAUAAUGAUAAAUUAUGAGAUCAUAUG